AUGAAUAACACAGAGUUAAGAUUAAAAAAUGCAAAUUCAUCUAUUAUUGAAUUAAUCUCUGGUGAACAAGCCAUUGAAAAAAUACAAAGACCCGAUGAUUUUACCAAUAAUUUCAGUAGUUUUGAUUUAUAUUCACGAUUAAAUUCACCUACAGCAACAACAGACGAUUAUUUAAAAUUUGUUGCACAACAAAUAUUACCAUGGAAUGAUGCAACCAUUCAAUCUAUAACAUCAUGUAUUGAUAAUAUUAACACAGAUUGUAUAGAUAAAUUACAAUUAUUAAUAUAUCCACCGCGAAUUUUUCUUAUUAUGACAAAUGGUAAAGAUGAAAAUGAUGCUGCAUAUUGUCGCAAUCAAGAUCUUAUUAUACUUCCACGAAACAUGAUUCUUUCUGGACAAGUAUAUAAAAUAUUAAUUCAUGAAUUAUUUCAUAUGUGGAGUAAAUGGAAUACGAAUUCAAUAAUUCGUGAUGAAUUAUAUGCAAGUAUAGGAUUUCAUAAAAUACCCAUUGAAAAUUAUAUUGAAUUUCCAAUUAGUUUAAAUGAAUUAAAGAUGACAAAUCCAGAUGCACCUAUUCCAAUGAAAUAUUAUAUUAAUUUAAAAAAAGAAGAUGAUAAAAAUGAGAAAAUAUAUAAAUGUACACCAAUUUUACAUGCAUCUCGACCAUUUAAUCCUAAAGUUUCAACGAAUUUUUUUUAUUAUUUAACUGCAACAACAUUGAUCUUAGAUGAUAUUACUUAUCAACCAUUAGAACCAUUGGAAUAUUUAUCAUAUAAAGAAGCGAGCAAUUUCUAUGAUCAAAUUGGAAAUAAUACAGGUUAUAUUAUUCAUCCGGAAGAAAUUCUUGCAGAUAAUUUCGUAUUAUGGAUGACAAAGGGAGAUGAUUUAACAGAUUUAAAUACACCUGAUAUUAUCAAUAAGAUGGAUGAUAUUAUUUCUAAUAUGCCUUUGACAACGUAA